AUGGCAAGACUCACUGACGAUGCCGGCGAAACGUCUGGGAAUGUACCAAGUCCACGGUCCUACUCUGGACAUGAUCAUGCAUACUAUGAUCUAGGUCUUACUGUCAAUAUGACCAAGCUCAACUGGUACAUUUCUUCUCUUUUUUUUAAUUUUCUGCCUUUUGCGCUAUUUUUGAACAUUUUUCGCACUGCUCCACCAACACAGCCAGAGACCCGAGCCCAAGGUUCCGUUGGUGACGGUGGUGGUGCUGCCAGUCCCUUUAUCCGCGGCCGUCUGACCCGCACAACCCGGCAGCCACGGCUGUACCAAUGGGCGCCGAGGUUCGGCAACAGCAACGGCGAUGCCAUGGACAACGGCAACAGCAACAGCAUCAUCGGCGACGGCGCUGACCUCAUGCGGAUGCGGCAGAGCCAAAUGGGCGGCAGUUGGUCGGGUCUGGCGGGCCGCUUUGUUGGUCGCGGUCUCGAAGCAAGGCUUGUCGACAGCGCCGGUGACGACGACGCUGGACGCGGUGAUGAAGUGAGAGUGACAAGUCCAGACAAGCGGAACCAGUUCUUGUGGUUUGGCUUUUUGAAUCGCACCUUCAGCGGGCUGUUGAGUCAGUCGAAAUUCGGCGGAGGGGCUCGAGUCUGCGAGCCUGCAGAAGACGGUCCUCGGAACGCAGCCUCGUGUACGUCGAUCCGACCUGUCGGGCUGGAAGAGGACGGAAUGGAGGCGCAGCUGGAGCGGUUGACCGACGAGGCUGCAAAUGGAGGCGAAGGGGACUGGACGCAUCGGAUCGAGAUAUCCUCUUCGGAGGAUGCUUCUUCAUCGUCGAAGUCGACGACCCCAGCGACGGACAACGUGUUGGUUGGAGACAAAGAGGCUGAUCGGGAGACGCAGUUGCGUCAUGCACUCGCCUGGCUUGAGAUGGAGCUGGCGGCGGUCAGGAACAUCCAACUGGCCAACCAGCGCUGCCUCGAAGAGCCGGACAGAGGUCGUGGCUCUCGAGCCGCCUACAGAUCGGCUGUCGGACAGAAUAAGGCAACGGUGGGUCGACCGGUGAGGAGGCAAAUCGUCGACACUUCUAGGCGUCCCCCCCCACACGGUUGGAAUGAAGGCCUGAGGCAGCAGGUCGUCUCCUUCAGAGGCUCUUUUGCGAGUUCUUCCACUCUUUCGCUUCCAGCCAAAAUAGAGUGCCAGGUCGAUCUCAAAAAAUGGCCAUGA